AUGGAGGGGUCUAUGCGCGCCAGAGAAGAAGAGAAGCUCAGAAAAGAAGAUGCAAGGAAGCUGAAGAGGCUUAGAGAAGACCAUCUUGAUGAGUACUUAAAACUGCAGGAGGAAAAACUGAAAAAGGAAGCCAUUGCUAAGAAAAUUAAGCUUAACUUGCCGGAGCCCAUGCUAAAGGAGCAUGAACUGGAGGAGUUGGUGCGACUUGGGGCCGAGGCUUCACUCCUGACGGGUUCAGAUGGGCACGACGAAACCUCCACUUUACUAGCACAAGGGCUGUCCACACCGUCUACGGCUAUUUCCCGCAUCCCGCGACGUUCGGAACGCGUCCAGCAGGAGGCGCGCAAUGCGCUGGCUCUUCUUGGGAUCCAAACCCCACUGGAGGGGGAGGAAAAUGCACAAAUAGAGGAAGUUCCCGGGGGAAAGGGAUUGACACCGGGUGAUGUUCGAACGCCCAAUGCUUUACAGCAGCAGCUCCGUGGGAGCCGCUUGACUGGAACCAUAUCUGACACGCCACUAACUGCAGCCACUCGCAUUACCUCAACGGGCCACGGCAGCAGCGCCACUCCACUCAACGAUCCAUCUGACGCCGGGUCUGCCUCGGAGGGAGGAGGGAUGGGUUCGAAAGCAGAAUUGCAGCUUGCUCGUCUCCAAGCGCGCACCUCUCUUGCCUCCCUCCCUGCUCCCCGUAAUGAUGUCACUGGACAAAUUCCAGAUGACAUUACCGAGGAGGAGAAGGAGCUCCUGGAGUCUGAGGCUGACCUGGACAUGGAAGAGGUGGAGAGGCGUCGGGCGCAACGCGCAGCCGAGGCAGCGCGGCGGCGUUUCUUGGAGCAAACUCAAGUGAUGCAACGGCAGCUUCCUAGGCCCAUACUUCCCCCACCUAAAUUGUUAACUUCAUCUAUCGACGCUGCUUCGGCAAUUGCUUCAGCUGUCCAACAACAGCUGCAGCAGGACGAUGACACAAUUAUUACUGAGGAGGGGAAGGAUGCGGCUGUUGCAGCGAUUUCUGAGGCAGCCGCUCUUACUGAGAACGUUAUGCCGCCUCCGCCAGCUGCGGGGCUCGAACCGUGCACCUUGGAAGAAAUGCAGGCGGCGAGAGAACUUGUAGAAAUGGAAUUGGCGUCUUGGGGCAUAGACGAGAACUACCCGAGACUGGACAAACUUGUGUACACCCUGGAAACGCAGCUGGUCUUCAACCCAGCUUCCAAAUCGUACGUCUCUUCAUCCACCCUAAGCCCGAGUGAGCGGCUCCAAGUGUACGCGCAUCAAGUUGAAACAUUGAAAGCGGGGCUUGCAUCGGCUGUCCAGCGAACCAAGAAGCUAGAGAAAAAGUAUAAGGUGCUGUCGGCGGGCUACACCAACCGCCAAAAGGAGCUUGCAAAGGCAAUAAGCGAGAAGAGCGCUGAAUUGCUACAGCUGGACGCCCGCAUUGCAUCAUUCACGAAACUGCACGAGUCGGAGCAGCAAGCAGUGAAGACUCGGACCGAAGAGAGGCGUGUGGAAGUCCUAAGGGAGCGCGCUAAACAUAUGUUUCUUCAGCAACUCUACGGUCGCUUGACGUCUGUCAAAAAGGAUCUCCACGGACUGCUCAACGAUACGGCAGUACAGCAACAGCAGCCAGCACAAGCGUAG